AUGUUCAAUGGGAUAGCGAACAAAACAGAGGAGAGUGGCAGCUCUCCCUAUAAUUAUCUGGCCCUUCUGUUUGGUGUCCUACUUAUUGUGGCCAUCAUGCUGGGUAAUAUUCUGGUGUGCAUCAGUGUGCUGCUUGAAAGAUCUCUGAAGACCGCGACCAAUUACUUCAUUGUCAGCCUGGCUGCAGCAGAUCUACUUCUUGCAGUUCUUGUUCUGCCACUCUACGUGUACACUGAGUUUCACGGGGGGAUCUGGACUCUGAAUAUGUUCCUGUGUGAUGUGUUAAUGACGAUGGAUGUGAUGCUUUGCACGGCUUCCAUUCUCAACCUAUGUGCUAUUAGUGUAGACAGGUACAUCGCCGUGAUCGUGCCCCUGAAAUACAACAGAAACCAGUUCAGCGGUCGGCAACUCACCCUCAUCGCGGCCACCUGGCUCCUGUCCCUCGGCGUGGCUUCUCCCGUCAUCUUUGGACUCAACAACGUCCCAGACCGAGAUGUGAUGGACUGCAAGCUGGAGGACGGGACCUUUGUCGUGUACUCCUCCGUCUGCUCCUUCUUCAUCCCGUGCCCGGCCAUGCUGCUCCUCUACUACGGGAUGUUCCGGGGACUGCGGCGCUGGGGCGAAGGCCGCAAAGCGCCGCCGAAGUCCGAGGCUCGGGACCGGACGCUCUCCUUUAGGCUCACGGUCACCGCAUCCAAGGGAGACGCUCGCAAGAACCUGGCACUCAAAGCGAUCUCCGCCGGCGCCGAGAACGCCCAGGACAGCGAGUUGGUGACCUCGCCGCUCGACAGCAUCUCGGACCUGGAGGCAGCCGAGGCAGGAAAGGGGGCGAACACGAAAAAGAAUGGAUUCGUGGGCAGGUCGGGGGCCACGUCCAGGAGCCGGAGGGUCAGCAGGCGGGAGAGGAAGGCGAUGAGAGUCCUGCCGGUUGUAGUGGGGGUAUUUCUGGCCUGCUGGACUCCGUUCUUCGUGGUUCAUGUACUGAAAGUGCUGUGCGAGGCCUGCACCAUAGGCUCCACGCUCAUCAGCGUCGUCACAUGGCUGGGUUACGUGAACAGUGCUGUCAAUCCCAUUAUCUACACUGUCUUUAAUACAGAGUUCAGGAAGGUGUUCCAGAAGCUACUAUGCUGUCAAACAUGA